CUCAGAUGUGAGUCAUUUAUCAGCAAGAGAGCAAGUUGCUCCACUUGCUCACGAGCAGGAGAAUUUGAAAGCGUGUCUCAAAGGACAAUCUCAAGGGGGUAGGGAAGUACCUACCUUCUCUGGCAAAGGAGAAAAAUGCUCAUUUUUCAUGUUUUCCCAGAAAACCCACUUCUGUGCUAACCUUAAGUCUCAAAACUUAUUCGUAAUUAGAGUUGAGAAGCCUGUUUCAACUUGAAGACACCCGUAUCAGGUGAAUGGACAGCCAGCUACCGCAAUGAAAGUAGAUAAAUGGCUGUCUCAGUGCAUCAUGCCCUGCACCCAGGCUGGAGCCACUUUACUUCCUGGUUUUCCCCAAAGAGACACCAGACUGUAACCAGCAGACAGACUCUCAGCUCAUAUGGAAGCAGUAGCCAAAGGCAGUUCAGACCACAGCACUCAGACCACCCCGUGCUCCAGUCCAGGCUCUGCCCCCAAGAGAUGGGUUAUCCUGGGUGAGCUCCAACACUCAGAUGACAACACAUGUCUGCUGAAGGGACGGUCCAUCACAACUAAAGAAUGGGGCUCAACUUGACACUCACAAAAUUACCAGAUGAUGACCUGCACAACCAAGGAAGUCACACUCCAAGUAACAUGAGUGAUGGACCGGGAAAGAACACCACCAUUAACAAUGAAUUUGACACUAUCGUCUUGCCUGUGCUUUACCUCAUUAUAUUUGUGGCAAGCAUCUUGCUGAAUGGCCUCGCAGUGUGGAUCUUCUUCCACAUUAGGAAUAAAACCAGCUUCAUAUUUUAUCUCAAAAACAUAGUGGUUGCUGACCUCAUAAUGACACUGACAUUUCCAUUUCGAAUAGUCCAUGAUGCCGGAUUUGGACCUUGGUACUUCAAGUUUAUCCUCUGCAGAUACACUUCAGUUUUAUUUUAUGCAAACAUGUAUACUUCCAUUGUGUUUCUUGGGCUGAUAAGCAUUGAUCGCUAUCUGAAGGUGGUUAAGCCAUUUGGGGACUCUCGCAUGUACAGCAUAACCUUUACAAAGGUUUUAUCUAUUUGCGUUUGGCUGAUCAUGGCUGUUCUGUCCUUGCCAAACAUGAUUCUAACAAAUGGUCAACUGACUAAGGAAAAUAUUCAUGACUGCAUGAAACUUAAAAGUCCCCUGGGAGUCAAAUGGCAUAAGGCAGUCAUUUAUGUCAACAGCUGCUUGUUUGUGGCUGUGCUCGUUAUACUGAUCGGAUGUUACAUAGCCAUCUCCAGGUACAUCCAUAAAUCCAGCAGGCAAUUCAUAAGUCAGUCAAGCAGAAAGCGAAAACAUAACCAGAGCAUCAGGGUGGUUGUGGCUGUGUUUUUUACCUGCUUUCUACCAUAUCACUUGUGCAGAAUUCCUUUUACAUUUAUUCACUUAGACAGGCUUUUAGAUGAAUCUGCACACAAAAUCCUAUAUUACUGCAAAGAAAUGACACUUUUCUUGUCUGCAUGCAAUGUGUGCCUGGAUCCAAUAAUUUACUUUUUCAUGUGUAGGUCAUUUUCAAGAAGACUUUUCAAGAAAUCAAAUAUCAGAACCAGGAGUGAAAGCAUCAGAUCACUGCAAAGUGUCAGAAGAUCGGAAGUCCGCAUAUAUUAUGAUUACACUGAUGUGUAGGAGUCAAAGGCCACUUGGCCUUCUCUUGUUUGUUGAAGUCAAUAUGUACAAAGUGUAAAUAAAUAUUUCUUUUCAUUA